AUGGAGAGAAGUCUUGUAGCCAUAGCUAUGGACAUGACCGUAUUCUUUCUUCUCGUGGCAUUCGCUGCCCUUGCAGACGGUGGCGCAAUGACCAUCUUUGCAGUCGUAGCCCUCGUAUUCACCACUGUAUCAGUAUUCAGAGCUGCAGCCGGAGAAGUCUACACGACCGCAGAAUUGCACAUGACCCUUGUACUGGCUCUGGCCCUAGGAGCAACCCUUCUCAAAUUAUUUGCCGUAGCCCUCCUGUCGGUCUCAGCCCUGAGUACGAUUGAAAUGUGGAGAUUUGUUGACCAAAGUACUGAAGCUACGUAA